AUGGAUAACGAAGCUUUCGAACUGGAAAGUAAGAAGGAAAAAGGCUUGCCGUCAAAUGGGCAUGCCUUUCUACCGAACGGGAACCUCGGAGGAAACGAGGAGGAGGCGAUCGGGAUGCCGUCUUCUCCCGGGGUUGAGAACUCUGAAGACGGACGGUAUGAGUUGGUGCGAGGGGUGGCUGACUCCGGGAACGGUCAGAAACUAGAUGAGCUUUUGACGGAGUGGGCAGAACUUGGAUGGAUACGGGAUUGGAGAAACGAAGAGGGUUUGACUCUUUAUGCUGACGCCAUCACCGAUGGAUAUAUGGACGUUAUCAACACACUUCUUCACCACGAUAUUCCGCUAGGGGACGCCCUCCUACGAGCCAUUGAUGCUGAACUUGGUGAAGCAAUCCAGGCAAUAUGUGACUAUAUUCAACCACAUCAGGACAUUUCCGAGUCCACACUUAAUGGUAACUGCGACAACGAUGACUUCCACCCUGCUGUUACGCCUCUGGUCCUGGCUGCCCAACGGAAUGACUUCAACACAGUGCAGUUACUGGUGGGAAUUGGCGGAAAGCUUGAGGAACCUCGACUUGCCCAAGGGGGCGAUAUGACCCUCACCCAGGCCACUUCAUAUCUCCAGAUUUACCGCGCACUGUCCCAGCCGGCCUUCAUUCUGGCCACGCAGGUCGACAUCUUCGGACACCUCUUCCAGCUAAGCCACAAACUCCGGACAUUGAGCCAGCUUUGGGAAGACUUUGGGGCAAAGUACGAUGAGAUGGCCAGCGAUGUUGAUGCGUUUGCCGGGGAAAUGCUCGGGCAGUCCAGCUCGACCGAGGAGAUCUUGGCACUGUUUCGUUUUCACAAUACCAACAAGUAUAGAAACAAAGAAGGGGCACAACAUCCUCUCUCCAAGAUGUUCGAAGCGAUCAAGUAUCAACAAAAACAGUUCAUAGCUCAUCCUCAUUCCCAGAAGGCUAUCAUUGCGCAGUUCUACCAGAACCUUCUGAGCUGGAACGAGAAGGGUGUCCUUCAUCAAAUUUUGCUCGCACUUUUGGUAAUUCUGGGGUAUCCAAUCAUCUGCCUGCUCUACAUAAUCUUCCCCGUUUCCAAGGUUGUCAACUUCGCCCGGCUCCCGUAUGUUAAGAUGCUGAUGAAAAUGGGUUCUGGUCUGACUUUCUUGGCUUUUAUCCUUGCGGCGAGUGUUCUGGACAGAAACCGCUACAAGGCGACCUUUUGGGCACUUCAUUGGUUCAUUCUUAUAUGGGCCAUAGGUAAGUCUCUCUUUUUUUGUGCAACAGGGUUGAUGUGGUCGCAUAUGAAGGUUAUAUCGACUAAAGGAAUAGUGAAACAUUUGUCAGACAGUGCGAACAUUCAAGACGCUUUUGUAUUGGCCCUCUUCUUUGUUGUGUUCUUCCUCCGCUGGAACGGAAGAUUAAUUAUUGCACCGAAUGUAGCUCUUCGUCCCAGACGCGCUGCCGUCAACGGAACAUUCCUGAACAGUCCGUCCUACAUAGAGUUGCAAGACCACGUGAAUCUAGCCCUGAGCAGUCUCCAUGGCAAACUGGCAGGCACGACAGUUGAAGGCGUGGGGGAGAUUGCGAUGAAGGUGCUGUCAAGCUGUUGGCUUGACCCCACGGAAACGACUGUUGUUCCGUUGACGACGUCGUCGUCGGAGUUCAAUUCUUACCUGCAAGAUCACGUGGAAUUUGACUCCUACCACCCCGAGAUCAUCGCCGAAGGUCUGUUCGGGAUCGUCAUAACCGUGUCUUUCUUGCGAUUGAUGAACGUCCUCCUGGUCAGUGAGGCAAUUGGGCCGCUGAGAAUCUCCUUCGGAGCUAUGGCCGGUGAUGUAGGGAAGUUUCUUAUCUUGUUUUCGGUGGUCUGGUUCGCCUUCAGCAUCGGGCUGUCUCAGGUUCACCACUCGGCGGUGCUAUGGACGGAGCGGAAGUGCCGUGAAAACGAGAAUGAUCCGUGCGAGCGCACAGUUGGAUUUGCCACGUUGUUUGUGAGUCUGUUUGAUCUCUACUGGACAUUGUUUGGUAUCGUGGAGAAAGAUUCAGUUCGUCUACCUCCGGGCUUCCAACUUCAAGAGACCAUCGGCACCUUAAUGUUUGCCGCCUAUCACGUCGUUGGCGUACUCGUACUGUUAAACGCCCUCAUCGGCAUGCUCUCCAACACUUACAUGAAGGUUGAGCAAAAUGCCGACACUGAGUGGAAGUUUAACCGGACCGUCGUGUGGGGGGCCUACCUACACCCUUUGGAUACCCUCCCACCACCCUUCAACCUGAUACCAUCCAUCAAGAAUGUUAUCCGUUUUCUACGAGAUAUAGUUGGGAUGUGGUUAAAAUGUGCCAGACGCAAGCGUGUCAACAGGCACGUUUUGCAUCAGAUUCGAAGCCGGUAUAUUCAGGGGAAUCUAUCGGUUGCUUCCACAAACUCCGAUUCUAUCAGGCCAAGGGAUGUGCAGUUACUAAGGAAUGACAUCCAAGCUCUCAGACAUUUUGCAGAGAUCCGCCUUGAAACUAUCGACAAGUCACUGGACACUUCGAAUGGCAAGGCAAGUGGUCUACGUAAAAAGCUAGAAGAUCUCGGCCCACUAGGGUCACAUGUCACCGAGGUGUUGAGCAAGUCCGUGGCACUGACGGACAACGCCGACUCACUGCGGGCUCAAACCGAUCAGUUAGAAGAAGAACAGGCCACGGAGAUUGUAGAUAGGGACCACGAAUCGGCUGACUUGAGAGACCGGAUAGCUGAGCAGAUUUCCGCGAUGGAACAGCUCCGGAGCGACCAUGCAGCCGAAGUGAGGGAGAUGGAUCGUCAUGCAGAGAGUUUGAACGGCAUCAUCAGGCGCCUGAAUGACGAGGUUGUCGCCAGGGAGCGGCACGAGUCGGCCCUGGCUAACAACAUCAUCCGGUUGGAAGGUGAGAAGACCAGCCUGGGUUUGGAGCUGGAUGAUGUGAACGAGGAAAAGACAAAGCUGGGGGUCGAGGUUGCGAGGCUCACCGGACAGUUACAACACAGCCGACUCGGUUUCAUGCAGCGUGUAGCCACUGUGAUCGAAGACAGAGUAAAAGCCCCUGGCGAUCAGGGAGAGGGCCCAAGUAACUGAAGUAAAAGAAGGAUGACGAGAGUGGAACUGCAUAAGAGUGUACACCAUUACUGCCAGGGUUUGGUUGUUCAUUUAUUGAGUACUAAAAUAACAUUCAUAAACAAACUAAA